CAAUGUUUACAAGUCUUGUAAAUUGUAAAAUUUCCUUGUAGCAUCUUAAUUCUGGUUUCACAAAGAAACUUGUAAACUAAAACUUUACAAGGCUUGUAAAUUGUAAGGUUUUGUUGUUGCAUCUAAAUUUUGGUUUCACAAUGAAAAUAGUAAAGUAAAAUGUUACAAGGGAAAUUUAAACAGUUUACAAGUGAUUUUAGGAUGAUUCACAAGUGUUUUGUUUCACAAUAUAGACACAGCUUUACAAAUUUGUAAAAUUAACUUGUAAAGUUAGUUAAUUGGCUACAAGUCUUUCAGAAUGGGUAAACUUUAAAUAAUGUUUAGCAGCAGUUCCAGUGAUUCAGAUGAAGAAAAUUAUGAUAUAAUUCAACGCAGGCGUAAGAUAUUUCGGAUCAGAUGCAAUUAUACAUUUUCAUCAAUCUAUGAAUAUAAUGAAAGAUUUAGAAUGACUUCUCAAGCUAUGGAAUCUCUUUUAGAAGAUAUUGGACAUCAACUGCAACAUCCUACAGGCAAAAGUGGAGCUCUAACAGCAAAACAGCAACUUUGUAUUGCUUUGCAUUGGUUUGGUAGUGGGUGUCAGUUCCAUGCUGUCGGUGAUAUGCAUGGAGUUUCAAAAUCAUCCGUGUUCAGGAGUGUUCAUAGUGUUGUUGAUGCAGUUAACUUGAUUAAAUUCAGGCAAAUAGUAAAUUGGCCGAUGAAUAUGGUUCGAGUAGCACAAGAUUUUUAUGCUGUUGCUGGUUUUCCCAACGUUUGUGGAAUAGUAGAUGGAACAUUGAUAUGCAUUGAUGCACCAAUGAAAAAUGAAGCAGAUUUUGUUGACAGGCAUGGAAAACAUUCUAUUAAUUGCAUGUUUGUGUGUGGACCAGAUUACACAUUUUACUAUGUAAGCGCAAAUUGGCCUGGCAGUGUACAUGAUGCCCGCGUCUUAAGAAACAGCAUGUUGGCUACAAGAAUGGAAAAUGGAUGGAGACCAUUUCCUCAAGCAAUCAUACUGGGUGACAGUGCAUAUCCACUGAAAAACUGGUUGAUUCCCCCUUAUCGUGGAAAUGCAUUUGAUGACGUACAGGCAGAGUUCAACAGAAGGCAUAAGAGUACUAGAAGAAUUAUUGAAAAUGCCCUUGGCAUAAUGAAAGAAAAAUUCCCCUGUUUAAAUUAUCUACGGUUGAAUCCAGUUUUUGCAGCAAAUGUCAUAAAAUGCUGUGCCACUUUGUGCAAUAUAUCUCGAAACCCUGAUGACUUGCAUCGUGAAUUACACCAUGAAGAAGAAGUGGAUCCCAAGGCUGAACAUGGAGAUGAGGAAGGAUACAUAGAAAAUGAUAUGGUGCAUGCACAACUGGAAAUAAUGAAUUUUUUUGAGCAAAGAAGAGCUAGGCGUAACUAAACAGACACACAAUUUUUUUUACUUGAAAGUGUAUUUAUUACUUUAAUAAAAGAGAAAACUAACAUUCAUAUUGCUCCAUCCCAUAAUUAUCUCAAAUACCACAAUACAUUAAUUACAUUAUUCAUUGACUGCACUAAAAUCAUCUUCUACUACUAACAUUUGUGAUGGUUGUCCUACAUUGUUAACAAUGUAUUGAAUGUGUCCACUUUUCAGAUUUUCUAACUCUAAUCUGGUUUUUUCAUUGAGAAGCUCAAGGUAUUCGAUUUGCAAAUGUAGUUUACGUUUCUUGAGUGCGGCAAUUUCAGUAGCAUCUUCACACAAUGGAAUUUGGUUACCUGAAAAUAUACAAUAAAGUUUUUAACUUACACUUUUUCUUGUUGAAAAUAUAAGCCUAUAUUUGUUUCAUUAUGUUUAUAUUCAGCAGAUCACAUUGUAAUAAAUAAUUGUUAUUUUUUGAAAUUAUAUAUAAGUUUCUAAAAAUUAUAUAAAAGCAUGAAAUGUUAUGUUUUGUAAUAAUUUCCUAUGGAACAGACUACAACUGUAAACUUGUAUUACAAAAUCUGUCAAAAUAUAUGUUGUUGUUGUAGUGCAUUUAUAUGUCAUAGACCAGGCCUAUCAUGUUUAAUGUGGGAAUUAGACAUAAAACUAUUAAUAGGUACUCUUUAAUAAUCUGGUAGAAGUUUGGAUACAAAAUAAAUGUCAAAUUAUGUGGUUAUGCUAUACAAUUACCUUGUUUUACUUUUCGUUUUGGCAUCUUUCCUUUAUAACAUAUUGAUGGUGAUGGAGUAUUUUCUGUGGCAUUGUGAUCCUGUUCAUUUGACUGUGCAACAUUUGGUUCAUUUAACAGUGUGCCAUUCGUGACUGGCUCUUCAACCGCGUCACUACAGCUACAUACUUCUACUUCAGGUGCCCAUGUUUCUGACACUCCUAGUCCACUAACUACUUCUGAAUCACGUCCAAUUAUAUCCAAGAUCAUUGCAUCCACUUCGUUUUGUUUAAAUUUCAAUCCUCCUGCAGUACCAGUUCGUUUUGAAUUGUCCACUUUUGUCUGGAACAAAAUAUAUACAGUAAGGGUACUAGUAUUGAAUUCGUUGUGCAAAAUAAAUAAUUACUAUUAGGGAACUUAUUCAGCGGUGCUUUCUUUACACAAAUUUUGUUUCUUUUUAUUAAUAAUAAAAUUAAUUAUUAACUCAGUUAUGCGACAUCACAAACAUAACCUAAACUAUUCUCAUAAGGUUCAUUAGAUUUCGAGGUACGUAAUUAAAGCUAACUUCCAAUACAUGUUAAAUGUAUACUUUGUAUACUUACCAUUGUACCCUUUCUCAUGUUGGGCCACACCACAUCCCGUGUGUAGGACCAUUCCUUGUCACCUUUAACUAAGCCAAUAGACUGUGCCAAAUUAUGAAUUUCCUUCCAUUUCUCUAUUUUCAUGGUUUUAUCAAGUUUCUUGGAAAAGGCACCAAAUAUGAUUUCUUUUUCAUCCCUUAUUUUCUGCAAUAAUAUGAGCUUUUUCUCAUUAACUACUACAAUUGGCGCCAUUUACAUAACAAAUUAAAAUAAACAGAACUUUCGACAACUUUAGCCAAAACAGCUACUAGUAAACUUUUAUCAGCUUACUUGUAAAACUCCCCAAAACCUACAAGUAAAUAUGAUUUUAUUGUGAAACGAAAUUUACAAGCACUUGUGAGCUUUUUCUUGUAGCUUGUGAACUUUCUCUUGUAGCUUGUAAUUUGUACACAUUGUGAAACGGCUACUAGUAAACUUUCAUCAGCUGACUUGUAAAACUCCCCAAAACCUACAAGCAAAUAUGAUUUUAUUGUGAAACGAAAUCUACAAGUACUUGUGAACUUUUUCUUGUAGCUUGUCAUUUGUAAACUUGUAGAUUGUAAACAUUG